GUUUAAGUUUUUGAAAUUGAAGUAGCUCUACCCAGUAGGAACUCAUGUCUUUUCUUGUAAGUAAACCAGAGCGAAUUAGGCGGUGGGUCUCGGAAAAGUUCAUUGUUGAGGGCUUAAGAGAUUUGGAACUAUUUGGAGAGCAGCCUCCGGGUGACACUCGGAGAAAAACCAAUGAAGCGAGCUCAGAGUCGAUAGCUCCCUUCCCGAAGCAGGAGAUCAUGACCAGCUUUCUGCCAGAGAGAGGCUGUUAUGAGCUGCUCACCGUGAUAGGUAAAGGUUUUGAGGACCUAAUGACAGUGAAUCUAGCAAAGUACAAACCAACGGAGGAGUAUGUGACAGUACGAAGGAUCAACCUGGAGGCUUGUUCCAACGAGAUGGUGACAUUCCUGCAGGGGGAGCUACACGUCUCUAAGCUCUUCAGCCAUCCCAACAUCCUGCCUUACCGAGCUACCUUUAUUGCCGACAACGAAUUGUGGGUGGUCACAUCAUUCUUGGCCUAUGGUUCCGCGAAGGACCUCAUCUGCACUCACUUCAUGGAUGGCAUGAGCGAGCUGGCCAUCGCGUAUAUCCUGCAGGGGGCACUCAAGGCCCUAGACUACGUCCACCACAUGGGCUAUGUGCACAGGAGCGUCAAAGCCAGCCACAUCCUGAUCUCAGCCGACGGGAAGGUCUACCUCUCGGGUCUGCGCAGCAACCUCAGCAUGAUUAGCCACGGGCAGCGCCAGCGUGUAGUCCACGAUUUCCCCAAGUACAGUAUCAAAGUUCUGCCUUGGCUCAGCCCCGAAGUUCUACAGCAGAACCUGCAGGGUUAUGAUGCCAAGUCUGACAUCUACAGUGUGGGGAUCACAGCAUGUGAACUGGCCAAUGGCCACGUCCCAUUUAAGGACAUGCCCGCUACCCAGAUGCUGCUGGAGAAGCUGAACGGCACCGUGCCCUGCCUGCUGGACACCAGCACCAUCCCCGCCGAGGAGCUGACCAUGAGCACCUCGCGCUCCGCCGCCAACUCGACCCUGAGUGACAGCCUGGCUCCCAGCACCCCCAGGACCUCCAACGGUGAUUCACCGUCCCACCCCUACCACCGCACCUUCUCCCCCCACUUCCACCACUUUGUGGAGCAGUGCCUUCAGCGUGACCCUGACGUGAGACCGAGCGCCAGCACCCUCUUGAACCAUUCCUUCUUCAAGCAGAUCAAGCGGCGUGCCUCAGAGGCUCUGCCCGAGCUCCUCCGGCCCGUCACCCCCAUCACCAGCCUCGAGGGCAGCCGGGCUCAGGACCACAGCGGGAUCUUCAGCCUGGUGGCCAACCUGGAGGAGCUGGAGAUGGGCGACUGGGAGUUCUGAGCUCUGAGGCCCAAGCACCUGCUCAGCCUGGCCUGGGGCUCCCUGAGGGCUGCGCCCCCACCCUCUUGGGCCCCCUGAGAAAGAUGGUCUGAAGGAACUGCCAGGAGAGACUUUCAGUGUGCUGAAGGCCUGGAGAACCGAUGCUUGGAAAGCCUUUGAGGCAGGCAUCCUGGAACUGAGAGGAGGUGCCUCUUCAGGGGGACAGCUGCUCUUCUGGCCCUGCCUGUGCCUGCUUCCUCCCAUACCCCCAGUUCCCUUCCCCCUUUGCCCCCCAUUUUGCUGUCGCCUUCCCUUCCCGGUGUCAGGCAGGGCCCAUUUCCCUCUUUCGCACUGGUUGAAGCUGGGCCUGCCCAUCCUCGGGCCUCGGGUCUCACUUGGGCCUGACCCCCUCAACACUCUAGCCAGUUUCUUGCAGCUCAUUCUCCCAUCGCCUCAGCCUCAGUCUUCCUGCCUCCCACCUGCUUCUGGUGCUUUCUCCAGGGGCUUUGCCCGAGGGCUAAAGUCUGAAGCCAAGUUCAUUUCAUAAGCAGAACAAAUUAAAAUUUUCAGAGAAGCCAUUGGGAAAA